CUAUUUUCUUUGAAAUAUUUUUAUUAUCCUUCUUCCGCUCAUUUUCUACGGAUAUUCAAGGAAUCUUAUAUAGACAAUGAAUACUUGUUCCUUACUUUUGAGAACUUUAAUAUUCUUUCAAUAAUCAAUUUAUCAAUUUAUGUAUGCUUGCAUAAAUGUCUUCUUACCACUAAUUUUUUUUCUGUUUUUUUUAUUACAAUUUUCAUUUGAUUUUUUAUGACUACUUUGCGAAAAAGCGAAAAGAAAAUAUUUUUCAAUAGAAUUUAAUUGUUGUGAAUAGAAAAUCAUGACUACGAAAAGGUUUUAAUUCAGAUAAAAAUUCUCUUCAUGCUUUGUUAAUUGCGCAAUUUAAUGAACAGUUAAGUAAGACGAUGAAUAAGAAUUUUUCCUGUUGGGAUUAGAAAAAACUCGUUUAGAUUUUCAAUUAUUAAAUAAUAAUUUGAAGAUUAUUUACAGGGCUUACGAUUAAUUAAUAAGACGUUGAUAGAGAGUAGAUAUAAAUUUUUUAUGAUCUUUGCAAUUAAACUUAGAGCAAAAUAAAAAGAAAAUUUAAUAAAUUAGAAAAAAUUCGUAGAUUCAUCAUUCCGAUGUUCUAUUUUUGUUAUUCAUUCGAAACUUUUUUUAUGGCACUAAAUGUACAAAGAAAAAAAUCAAAGCCAAGUUAAUAAGAUUACAAUCUAUCGAUAACGUUAUUUAGAGUUCAAGAGAAAUGCAUUCAUUGUCGAUACUGUGAAGUUAUCACACUUUAUCGUGUCGUUCGAGGAAUUCGGAAUUGUUUCUAUUUAUUUAUUUUGGUCGAUGAAUUUCUUAAGAGCAUGGCAAGUUACAAAAUAAUGAAAGAAAAUGAUGAGUAUGAUUGUCAAAAGAUUGAGACAAGCACAGAAAUGAUUUUUUACUAACUUAAUGUUAACAAAAAAGUUUUCUUCAGUCAAUUAUGAUUUAUGUAUGUAUGAAAUCUUUUUUUCGUUUUAAAUAUAAAAACCUUAAUUCAGGGAAUGUUCGUUCGUUAUUAAAAUGUAAUCCUUUGAGACUUCUUAAACAAUAUAAAGCCUGGGGAUGUUAGUCAUAGAACAACACAAGUUAGAUAAUCAAACAAAAACUUUUUCACAUGUUAAGUCACAAGAUGAUUAUAAUAAUUUUUCUUUUUGAUUAUUUAAUGUUUUCAUUCAAUCUGUCAACGGUUAGUUAUAAAGUGCAACUACUGGAUAAAUAAAUAUUAUAUUGAACAAAGCGCUUUGUUUUUAUAUUUUU